GUCCGAGAAGUUGUCCUGCCCGCGCCAACCGGGACAAGUGGUGGCCCUCAGAGCCACGCCCCCCGCGCGCGCACCGCGAGCCCGCUUGACUGCGCAGACGAUUGCGUGACGCGGGGCGGUGCCGAGCAGGAUGGAGGGAGGGAAGAUGAAGGAGGGUGGGGGAGCAAACGGCGCGACCAGCGGCGGCGGUAGCAGCAGCAUGGCCGCUCUCUACGGGGGUGUAGAGGGGGGAGGCACACGGUCCAAGGUCCUUUUACUUUCGGAGGAUGGGCAGAUCCUGGCAGAAGCAGAUGGACUGAGCACAAACCACUGGCUGAUCGGGACUGAAAAAUGUGUGGAAAGGAUCAACGAGAUGGUGAACAGGGCCAAACAGAAAGCAGGGGUGGAUCCUCUGGUACCUCUGCGAAGCUUGGGCCUAUCCUUGAGUGGUGGGGAGCAGGAGGAUGCAGUGAGGAUCCUGACGGAGGAGCUGAGGGACCGAUAUCCCUACCUGAGUGAAAACUACGUUAUCACCACUGAUGCUGCAGGCUCCAUCGCUACAGCUACGCCGGAUGGUGGGAUCGUGCUCAUCUCUGGGACAGGCUCCAACUGCAGGCUCAUCAACCCUGAUGGCUCUGAGAGUGGCUGCGGCGGCUGGGGCCACAUGAUAGGAGAUGAGGGCUCAGCCUACUGGAUUGCACACCAAGCGGUGAAAAUAGUGUUUGACUCCAUCGACAACCUAGAGGCGGCUCCUCAUGAUAUUGGUUAUGUCAAGCAGGCCAUGUUCAACUAUUUCCAGGUGCCAGAUCGGCUAGGAAUCCUCAACUACCUGUAUAGGGAGUUUGAUAAAAGUCGGUUUGCUGGGUUUUGCCGGAAAAUUGCAGAAGGAGCUGAGCAGGGAGACCCCCUCUCCCGAUACAUCUUCAGGAAGGCUGGGGAGAUGCUGGGCAGACACAUUGUAGCAGUGCUACCCGAGAUUGACCCGGUCUUGUUCCAAGGGAAGAUUGGCCUCCCCAUCCUGUGUGUGGGCUCUGUGUGGAAGAGUUGGGAGCUGCUGAAGGAAGGUUUCCUUUUGGCGCUGACCCAGGGUAGAGAGAUCCAGGCUCAGAACUCCUUCUCCAGCUUCACCCUGAUGAAGCUGAGGCACUCCUCCGCCCUGGGCGGGGCCAGCCUAGGGGCCAGGCACAUUGGGCACCUCCUCCCCAUGGACUACAACGUCAAUGCGGUUGCCUUCUACUCCUAUACCUUCUCCUAGGGAGCUGGCCCUGGCUCCUCCCAUUCUAAGCCCAGUGGACAUUGGGUGCUAGAAAGAUCUUUUCUUUUUAAAAAACACAUAUAGAAGAAAAUAAAUGCACUCUAGCCAUUCCCCAA